CUAACCUUUGUCUCGGACAGUUGGACAUGCGCAGUACGCGCUCGCCUGAGAUCUUUCUGGCGCUUCCCUCCUACCUGUGCCGCUUAGGGAACUUUUUUCACGCCGGGCUGGGCAGCACUUCCGGCAUGUGGCUGACCCCCAUAGUGGUGCAGGAUGAUCCCUAGAGACGCAUAGGAGGAGUCGCUGCCAGGCAAUGGCAGUCUUCGAUACCCCGCAGGAGGCCUUUGGGGUCUUGCGGCCGGUCUGCGUGCAGCUCACGAAGGUGCAGACUGUUGAGAACGUGGAGCGCUUGCAAGCCCAGCUGCAGAAGGUUAGUGCCGCGGCCCUCCAGCAACUGCAGGAGUACGUCCUUUUCCCUUUGAGGUUCACCCUGAAGACCCCAGGGCCCAAACGGGAGCGGCUUGUCCAGAGCGUGGUGGAGUGCAUCAGGUCCAUCCUUUCUGAGACAUGCGUGAAGAAGCCGGACCUCCUGCACGAGCUCUUCUCCGAGCUCUGCACGUGCCUCUCUUCCCCUUCUGGCUUGAAGCGACCGCCCGCCCAGUCGGAGGAAAUAAAACUGGCUGUGAUCCAAGCACUCCAAGCGCUGAUGCAUUCGGCUUACGGGGACAUCCUUCUGUCUCUGUACCAGCCUUCCACUCUUCCUCACUUAGGAUUUGCUGUGUCUUUGCUUCUGGCCUUGGCAGAACAGGAGAAGGCAAAGGAAAUUAGGACCUCGGCUUUGAAGUGCCUCCAAGCCCUUCUUCUGCAGUGCGACUGCCAGGAAUAUCACAGACUCUUAGACAAGGAGGAAGCGCAGCGGUGUGGGGAUUUGUUUGCUUCUUUUCUACCCGGGAUCUCCAUCACGCUGUCCCGAGUGAUCACUGGAGACAUCAAACAAAGUCAUAUGAUCGCGGUUUCUGCCAUCAAGCUGUUUUAUCAGACCGUGGGCUUCAUCAUGGCUGAUGAGCAGCUCAGGAAAAUUCCAGAGAAAAAAGAGAAGCCGGGAGUGGAGCAAAGCAGAAUAGCAGACCUCAUGGUCCAUAGAGGACCCGACUGGGUACAAAGUACUGCUGAUAAGCUCUCCCUGCUUAUCCACAAGAUAGUUGAGUCUUCUUCCGUUCACCAGCACUGGAAGGUGAGGCUGGAGUUGGUGGAGUUGGCCCAUCACCUUAUGCUGAAGAGCAGUCAGUCACUGGUGGCAUCAGUCGGGCAACUUUUGAAAGCCUUGGUGGGGCUCGUUAAUGAUGACAGCCCCAAGGUCCAAAGCAGGAGCAGCGAGGUCCUGCGGAGCAUCGCGGAGCGGAAGGUGAUCACGGAGAACAGGGCUCUGGCUGACGUUCUCUCCGAGAAUCUGCAUUCCCUGGCCACGGCUCUUCCACGGCUGAUGACUUCCCAGGAUGACCAGGGUAAACUCUCCACCUUGAACAUACUGCUUGGCUCCCUGAAGCUGCUAGGCUCCAAGAUGAACAUCGUCCUCAAUUCCACAGCCCACCUCCACCGCCUCUCCAAAGCGCUGAUGCAGGUUCUGGAGCUGGAUGUGACCGACGUGAAGAUCGUGGAAGAACGGCGCCAGGGCGAGCUCCCUGCCUCCUUGCAGCAUGGUUUGCAGAAGGGCCAAGCCCAGAAGAAGUAUUUCCGGUUCUUCACCGACGAGCGGAUCUUUCCGCUCCUCCAGCAGGUGUGCCGAGUUCUUGGCUAUUAUGGGAACCUCUAUUUGCUGGUGGAUCACUUCACGGGGCUGUACAGCGAGUCCGUUGCAUUUCGGAAGCAGGCUGCUCUGGUCCUCAAUGAGCUGAUCACAGGAGCUGCUGGACUGGGGGUGGAUGUCCUUCACGAAAGGGAAGCCGCUCCCAGCGUGGACGACCUCAAAGGGACUAUAACGUCCAUCCUUGAAGAAUACACAGGCCAGGCAAACUGGCAUUUGGUCACCAGCAUGGAGGAGCAGGAGGAACCUAGCGACGAGUUGGCAAUGCCCCCGUCCAGGCUACGAGCCCUGCCAGAGAGUGCACACAGCAGCACUCUUAUCCUGUCCUCUGCUGCCACUUCGGAGCCAAACCCGACCAUCCGCUCUAUGAACGGCAACAUUUGGCAGAUCUGCAUCCAACUGGAAGGGGUCGGCUGUUUCACACAUGCCCUGGGGAAGGAGUUUCGGGUGCUGCUCAUGUCAGCCCUCUACCCCGUGCUCGAGAAGGCUGGGGACAGCACUCUGCUCAUUAGCCAGACAGCAACGGGGACCAUGGUGGACAUCUGUCAGGCCUGUGGCUACGGCUCCGUGCAACAGCUCAUCAGUGAGAACACGGACUACCUGGUGAAUGGGAUCUCCCUCAGCCUGCGCCGCGUGGCACAUCAGCCGCAUGCUUCCCGGGUCCUGGAGACCAUGCUCAGGCACUCGGACGCCAGCUUGCUCCCGUUGGUCGAGGACGUGAUCCAAGACGUUCUGUUCACACUUGAUCAGUCCUACGACUCCCGGGCUGCCUCCUUCCUCAGGGUCCUGCACUCAUUAAUGGCAGCGUUAGCCCGGUGGUUCGUGUUGGCCAAGCAAAGUGAGCAGCAACAGGGAGCCCAGACGUCUCCUGGUGCAACAGAGCUUCCAGGGGCCAUUCCCACAGCCGCCGCCACCACCACGGGGCAGGACGUGGAACGGUUCUUCCUGGACUACAUCAAGCAGAAGCAGAUUGCAGAGGGCGACCUGCCAGACACGGAGGAGGAGGAGGUGUUUCUACCCCCUGCGGAGGAGCCCCAAGGCAACGACACCAGUGCAGAGGGAGAGGCUCCGUUGCCAGCCCAUGCCCAGGUGGCCAAGGACGUGAUGGAGCGGUGCAUCCACCUGCUGUCUGACAAGAGCCUCCGGGUGCGGCUGAAGGUCCUGGACGUGCUGGAGCUUGGCGUGACGGUGCUGCAUCCUCACAACAACCAUCUGCUUCCCAUGGCUCACCGCGCCUGGCCAGCUCUCGUCACCCGGCUGAUUAACGACGACCCCCUGGCGGUGCUCAGAGCCUUCAAGGUGCUGUGUACCCUGGCUGAGAAAUGUGGUGACUUCCUGAGGCAGCGGUUCUCCAAAGACGUCCUGCCCAAGCUGGCCGGUUCCCUCAGCAGCCAGGCCCCGGUCAGCGCCAGAGCGGGGCCCGUGUACAGCCACACGCUCGCCUUCAAGAUGCAGCUGGCCGUGCUGCAGGGCCUGGGGCCCCUGUGCGAGAAGCUAGACAUGGGCGAGGGCGACCUGAAUCGAGUGGCGGGGGCCUGCCUGGUUUACCUCAGCGCCAGACAGCCCGUGAAAUUGCAGGAGGCGGCCCGGAGCGUUUUCCUCCACCUGAGGCGGGUGGACCCGGAUGCCCCCUGGCUCCUGCUAAACGGGGUCUGCUGCCCGCGCCAAUACCCACCUCCCCACGCCAGCCUCCGGCCCGUGGAGCUCAGCGGGAUGGGCCGGCCCCGGGGCGAGCUCACCGACAACGUGCUGCACCUGCUGGGCGAGCUGGAGCAGCGGGAGCGAGCGAUGCUUUGGCCCAGGGCCCAGGGAGCCCCCGAGCCGCGUGGUCCACCCCCUCCCUGACCGACGCAUCGCAGGGAAGGGAGGUGCUGCAGGAGCCCUGGACACUCGCUGGGAGAUUCCUGCCGGCCUGGGGGCGCGCUGGCCGUCCCAGGGGGAGCCGAUGCGGGCGGCCUGGGCCUGGCUGGGCUCGCACUUCUCCAGUGCUACAGGCUCACGUGUAGGAAAGGCCGUGGCUGACAGGUGCCUAAUGCACUGCUGCUGCCUGGGGCCUGGUGGGAUAUCCCUCCUGCCCAGCCCCAGCCCAGAGAACGGUGCUGCCCUGCGCCCCUGCUCGCAGCAGGUGAGCAGGCCUGUGCCCUUUGCCCUCCCCGUGCUGCAAAGGAGCUCCCGUGCCUGGGAUUGUUCCCUCCCCGCACCGACCUUCAGAGCAGCCCAGCUCCCCUGGGCGUCGGGCAGCCCGUGCUUCGUACCGGUGCUUGGCGUUAAAAGAAAGGGCACCGCCCUCCCCUCCCCUGCGUGGAGAUAGCGCGCUGCCACCCCAGCCCCGUGUCUCGGCUUUGUUUGCGGGUAUCCUUUGUAGUUGUAGGCUCGGCCUGCGCGGCGGGAUGGAUGCUCAGAGACUGGGCUGGCAACACGGGCGCAGCUGGCAACCGCCCUGCCCUGCGUUCAGAAGAUAGAGGCACGUUCUCCCCCAGCCCCGGGCUGCAUCCUGCGCUCUGCUCCUGGCAGGGGAGAGCAAGAGCUGCAGGGAUGGGAUCUGAGCAGCAAGAGGCAUCCGCUCUCCUCUGCCCCGUGUCAUGCUUCCCGGGCCGCCCGUCGCACUGACUCGAGGCCAGCACGGUGCUGCAGGACUUCGGCUCCCAGCACGGGAAGCAGGUGUUUGAAUAAAGCAAGAGACUUGUUGCGUCGGCAAAGCUGCCCUGAGCCUCUGGUCCACGCUGGAUUCCCAAAACUCCUUUCCCUGAAAGGAGCUGACACAUGGGCUCGCAGGCAGCAAUUAGCCCUCCUGGGUCACGCUUGCAGCCUCAUCCGCGUGAUCGUCGUCAGCCCCAGAACGAGCGAGCGAGCGCGCUAUGGCGAGUUACAGAGCCGGGGCCGGGCUGCAGGAUGCCACGUGCUGCACGGCUUGGCACUCUCCCUUCGGGGCAAAACCCCAGAGCACCACGGCCCGUGUCCUUGUCCCUGCCCCAGACAUAGAGCUGCUCUCACUUCCGCGACAGCCGCCCGAAACGUUGUUUUUAGGGAAAGGGGUUCGAAUUCCAUCGAAUUACAGACCAGGAGGGUGGGAGGGAGCCCAGGAGGUUACAUCCAGUCCAACCCCCUGCUCCAAGCAAGACCAGCCUCAGCCCCAACUGCAGCAUCCCAAUUUCUGGCAUCUGCUCCUGUCCCGGGCUGAAUCUGCCUCUGGCUUAGGCUGGCUCCUGCCUGCUAGUGUCCGUAGGCUGCUUGCUCUACGCAUUGCACUGCCCCUUCCCUCGCCAAGGGCUGGCAAGGGGAGAAAGGACUCCCCUGCCCUUGUCAGCAUUGAUCACGGGCCCAAGACACACGCAGAGGGGCCUGACCGCUGCGCCCACUGUCAGCGCACGGCCGGGAGGAGGUUUGGGGGCGGGGGUGGCUGGGAGGCUCGGGAAAGGGCCACGCUCAGCUGCUCUUGGUACUUUCCAAGGGGACUUUGGGAGACUUUCCCUGCAAAGUGCUGGGCCGGCCCGGCCAAAGGGCAGGGCUUUGGCUGGGGGUGCAGCACGCUGCAUUUGCAAGCUCGGGCGGGUUGGGGCCCAGACGCCGGUGUCCUGGGCCAAGAGCUGGGCCCAGCUUUGCAAAGGGAAGCCGAGCGGCCAGAGGGGCGAGGAAGGAAGCCUUGCCAGGGCAAGGGAAGGGAGGGAGAGGCAACCUGAGCAGACACAGCUGCGUUCCCACACGCUUGUGUCCGUUUUGGCGUCAUCUCCUCCCGCGCCCGCCCGAGUCCUCCGUGCAGGGCCGGCUCUUCCUGU